UUGAGGACCCCCUCCACCAAAAAAGGGAGGGGUACUUCCGGUGGGGAGGGGGUAAGUAGGCGGGCGCUCUUUUCCCCCUCGCUUGGGGAGGGGAUUCUGGCUAGUCGGGUCGUGCCGGGUGAAGGAGCGGGAGGGCCGGACGGUGGGGGGUGCAAACGGGAAUGGGUUCGUGCUGGGGCCCCGAGGAGACGUCCGGGGAAGUGAGGGAUGGAGAAUGGAGGCUGGAGCGGCCGCCGGCCGAGCCGCGGCAGGAUGACGGACGCGGUGAGCAGGAGGACGGAGAGCGCGCGGCGCUGGCUGUAGGGAGGAGUCACGCCGGGAAAGGGGGCGGGGGUCUGCACCCAGCUGCAGAACGGGCGGCGUCCUUGAGAGAAGCUGGUGGCCCGGAGAUGGGGGGUGGGAGCAACGGCCAGGCGAGAGGGGCUGCAGGCCCUGCGCCCGCCCCGGGAGUGGAAGGGGUGGGGCUUGAGGCCAGGGGAGCCAGGUGCUCGGGCCGCGAGCCCCGACCGCCCCUCGGAGGCUCUGGCUCUCCGCGGAAGGGAGACCGGCAGCAGCCGGAGCCGGGAAGGUCUGUGAAUCAGGCCCCGGGCGGGUUCUGGGGAAGAGCCCCAGGUAGCUUGCCCUGCCCCCACCUGAGACCGCUUGGGUUUCUCAGGGCACCUGAGAGGCCGGCUGCGGUGUGCCCCGGGGGUUCCUUGCUCCCACCCGACCUCCUGCUCCCUCCACAGACGAGCAUGAAGAACAUGGAGAAGGAGCUGCUGUGCCCAGUGUGUCAAGAGAUGUACAAGCAGCCUCUGGUGCUGCCCUGUACCCACAAUGUGUGCCAGGCCUGUGCCCGGGAGGUGCUGGGCCAGCAAGGCUACAUGGGCCACGGCGGGGACCCCAGCUCCGAGCCCACCUCCCCCGCCUCCACCCCUUCCACCCGAAGCCCCCGCCUCUCCCGCCGUACUCUCCCCAAGCCAGACCGCCUGGAUCGGCUGCUUAAGUCAGGCUUUGGGACGUAUCCUGGGCGGAAGCGAGGGGCUCUGCACCCCCAGGUGGUCAUGUUCCCGUGCCCGGCCUGCCAGGGCGAUGUGGAACUGGGGGAGCGGGGCCUGGCGGGGCUGUUCCGGAACCUGACCCUGGAGCGCGUGGUGGAGCGCUACCGCCAGAGCGUGAGUGUGGGUGGCGCCAUCCUGUGCCAGCUGUGCAAGCCACCGCCGCUAGAGGCCACCAAGGGCUGCACCGAGUGCCGGGCCACCUUCUGCAAUGAGUGUUUCAAGCUCUUCCACCCCUGGGGCACCCAGAAGGCCCAGCACGAGCCCACCCUGCCCACCCUCUCCUUCCGCCCCAAGGGCCUGAUGUGCCCGGACCACAAGGAAGAGGUGACCCAUUACUGCAAGACAUGCCAACGGCUGGUGUGCCAACUCUGCCGGGUGAGGCGUACCCACGGUGGCCACAAGAUCACACCUGUUCUCAGCGCCUACCAGGCCCUCAAGGACAAGCUGACAAAGAGCGUGACAUACAUCCUGGGAAACCAGGACACAGUGCAGACCCAGAUCUGUGAGCUGGAGGAGGCCGCGAGGCACACCGAGGUGAGCGGUCAGCAGGCCAAGGAGGAGGUGUCCCAGCUGGUGCGGGGACUGGGGGCUGUGCUGGAGGAGAAGCGGGUGUCCCUGCUCCAGGCCAUUGAGGAGUGCCAGCAGGAGCGCCUGGCCCGUCUCAGCGCCCAGAUCCAGGAGCACCGGAGCCUGCUGGACGGCUCAGGUCUGGUGGGCUAUGCCCAGGAGGUCCUUAAGGAAACAGACCAGCCUUGCUUUGUGCAAGCAGCCAAGCAGCUGCACAACAGGAUCUCCCGAGCUACGGAGGCCCUCCAGACAUUUCGGCCAGCUGCCAGCUCCUCCUUCCGCCACUGUCAGCUGGACGUAGGGCGUGAGAUGAAGCUGCUGACGGAGCUUAACUUCCUGCAAGUGCCCGAGGCGCCCGUCAUCGACACGCAGCGCACCUUCGCCUACGACCAGAUAUUCCUGUGCUGGCGGCUGCCGCCCCACUCGCCACCUGCCUGGCACUACACCGUGGAGUUCCGGCGCACCGACGCGCCCGCCCAGCCGGGCCCCGCACGCUGGCAGCGGCGAGAGGAGGUGAGGGGCACCAGCGCCCUGCUGGAGAACCCGGACACCGGCUCCGUGUACGUGCUGCGCGUCCGGGGCUGCAACAAGGCCGGCUACGGCGAGUACAGCGAAGACGUGCACCUGCACACGCCCCCGGCACCCGUCCUGCACUUCUUCCUCGAUGGCCGCUGGGGCACAAGCCGAGAGCGGCUGGCCAUCAGCAAGGACCAGAGGGCGGUGCGGAGCGUCCCAGGGCUGCCCCUGCUGCUGGCUGCCGAGCGGCUCCUCACCGGCUGCCACCUGAGCGUGGACGUGGUGCUGGGAGACGUGGCCGUGACCCAGGGCCGCAGCUACUGGGCCUGUGCCGUCGACCCAGCCUCCUACUUGGUCAAGGUGGGCGUCGGGCUGGAGAGCAAGCUGCAGGAAAGCUUCCAGGGUGCCCCAGAUGUGAUCAGCCCCAGGUAUGAUCCGGACAGCGGGCACGACAGCGGCGCUGAGGAUGCCACAGUGGAGGCGUCCCCGCCCUUCGCCUUCCUGACCAUCGGCAUGGGCAAGAUCCUUCUGGGGUCCGGGGCCAGCUCCAACGCAGGGCUGACAGGCCGGGACGGCCCCGCGGCGAGCUGCACCGUGCCGCUGCCACCCCGCCUGGGCAUCUGCCUGGACUAUGAGCGGGGCCGCGUGUCCUUCCUGGACGCCGUGUCCUUCCGCGGGCUCCUGGAGUGCCCCCUGGACUGCUCGGGGCCCGUGUGCCCUGCCUUCUGCUUCAUUGGGGGCGGGGCGGUGCAGCUCCAGGAGCCUGUGGGCACUAAGCCUGAGAGGAAGGUCACCAUCGGGGGCUUUGCCAAGCUGGACUGACCCUUUCUGGCCCUGCGCCCUCCAGGCCUGCUGGAGCGGGUUAGUCUUUCGACGGCUCCUCCCUAGACUCUUCCUGCCAUGUCGUCCUGUCCCUUCCCCUAUGUCUUUGUAUUCCUGGGCCUUCUCUUGACCGAGGGACUCUCCUCUGCUCACCUUUCUAAACGUCCCCAUUCUCUUCAUUGCCUGUUAAGGCAGGCCCCAGCCCCCAUCAAGUCUCGCCCAUGUCCCGCCUUUGGCAUCCCACCCGAGUCACGGAGAGAGCCCCUUCCCCAUCGCUGUCCCAUGCCCCCCCUCAGGCUGAUUGGGAGGGAAGGCACCUGGAACACAGGGCAUGACCCCAGCUCUGCGCUCUGCUCUCCGCCCUGCCAAGCUCCCCGCCCCACCGAUGCGGAACCACAGUCAGGGCGGGCUUUUUGGCCGGACACUGCCCAGGCCCUCCCUGGUGAGGAGAAGAGGGCCCUGCCAUCCCGCUUGAGUUGUUGGGGCCCCCACAGCCCUCGGCCGCAUGCCUAUACCUCUCCUCCCUCCUUCUGCAUGCUUCACCUGUCCUGUGUCCCCACGCCAACGUGCCGAGUCUCCCGGGGCCCCAGCGGAGGGCAGGUGUCCCCGAUGGGUUGGGCGAGGCAAGGCCUCUGGGGCCCCGCUGCUGUCCCCUGCAGUGGGCACUGCCAGGCCUGAGCCGAGCAACAGCUGGUAUUUUCAUGGUUUAUGAACAAUAAACUAGGUUUCCAGGCACAUCUGUGCCUUCCCU